CAUAGUUUUGGAAGCGAUUGCUGAGAAGAGCAACCACUGUUGGCCAGGGUGAUCUCUGAGAGGCACAGACAGCUGUAACUCAAGGAAAAGGUUUUGAGCCCCGGAGGAUACAAUGUUCGCUAAACUCUUCCAGCAGUGGAGUUUCGCAGUGUUCCUGCUGAGUUACUCCGUGCCCUCCUACGGGAGAUCAGUAGAGGGGAUCAGCCGCAGACUCAAACGAGCUGUAUCAGAGCACCAGCUAUUGCAUGACAAGGGCAAGUCAAUCCAAGACUUACGAAGAAGAAUAUUCCUUCAAAAUUUAAUCGAAGGUGUCAACACUGCAGAGAUCCGUGCAACGUCAGAGGUGUCACCCAACCCGAAACCUGCCACCAACACCAAGAACUACCCUGUACGGUUUGGCAGUGAGGAUGAGGGCAGAUACCUGACUCAGGAGACAAACAAAUCACAGACCUACAAGGAGCAGCCCCUGAAGGCAUCAGGGAAGAAAAAGAAAGCGAAGCCUGGAAAACGUAAGGAACAAGAGAAGAAAAAGAGGCGAACCCGCUCAGCUUGGCAGAAUUCUGGCAUGUAUGGAGACGUCGUGACCCAGAGCCCACUCUUGGACAUCUCUGUUACUACACAUAAUCACACUUUAAGGAGGCGCUGACAUUUUCAGCAAGAGAUAUUUGGAAGACAUAUUGCAGUAUUCUGUAAUAGU